UGGUGCGAGGAUGCGCGACAGUGGCGACCGGUUCCGACGCGAAAGGGCCUCACCGACGAGCCCGAGGCUAAUAUUGAGGCGUGUGAUGGUGUUGGCCGAAGGGCGGCAAUUUAGGGAAGCCGCCGCUGUGUUACAAAAGUUAGGGCCUAAUACAAUUGCUGCUGUGGCCGGGGAAUUACCUUUGGAUUUACUUGUAGAAGGAUUGCCGCACUCAGCACAACUUUUGGAAACUUUUUUUAAUAAAUUAAUAUCAUCAGGACAAAGGCCAAGCAUAAAUGCAGAACAAGUUGUGUGGCAACUAGUACGACUUUUAGCCUCCCAUGACGAUCCAACGUUGAAGACCAAAGUAGCAAAAUUGGCUCGAGCGCUUUUAGAAUACCAACCAAAUUUUCAAAUACAAAUUUCAUCAAGGAAAAAAGCACUAGAACAAGCAGUUCAAGGUUUGGGAUGCCACGGUCUUACCCCCGACGCUUCUGGAUUGACCCAUCUACAUGCAGCUCUAAAAACAGAACUCCAGCUUCACGUAGAUGUCUAUAAAAGCGCCCUUCAUCGAUUAGACGAACUCCACCUUAUUUCAGCCGAUAAUAAGAAACCUGUGGAUGCGUCACACCAGCGCCUUCUGUCGUUGAAACUGAAAGAAGUCCAACAGAGGCUAAUCGAUAAUAAAACGUUAUUGACGAUUUUAGAUAAACCGGCAUUAAAGCAAUUAGAUGUUUUAGUUGGGACCCUUAGUAACAGAGUGCAGAACGAUAAGGAAGCUUUAUUUUGUGUUUCCCAACUAAAAAGACUUCAGCCAGUAGGAGACGACGUACCAGUAGCCACAGUAUUAAUGUCAUUUUCGAGGGGUUGUGGAGUCCUUUUGGAUUUAAUGCAAAUACCUCAUAGUCCUUGCCAUAGUGAUACAGGAUAUCAUUCAGAAACUGAGACUGAACAUGACUUUGGGAAGGACGUAGUUAGCAAAUACGAGUCCCUUUAUCGUCACUGCAGACCGAGGGCUCUGGAAGCACUCAACUCAAUGCCAGAUUUGAUGCAUGCCACGCAACUCAAAUCGAAAAUUUUAUUUUCAGUGGUUGUGCUUGCCUUUAGGACCUGCAAAACUCUCCGCGAUAACAAGCUUCUCCAAACUUUCCGAACGCUACAUCUCGACCCUCGAUCUUCACAGUUUCUUGGGCUUCGUUUGGAGGUAAUGCGUUGCCUCGCGGCAUCUGCAGAAAAUUAUCCUUUACAAGAUGCCGAAAAUCAGGUUGUAGGUUUAGUUUGUGAUACCCUAAAAGAGUACAAAUGUUUGGAAGAAUGCCAAGAACUGAGAAACUACGCGUGCGAAGCGACUAAAGUGGCUUGGAUGAUGGUUUGUCAGGUGCCUCCUUACGAAUUAGACACAGACCACUUCCAUUGGAUUCAGCGACCCAAAAAACUUAUAAUACCACCAUUAAAUCACGGGGAGCUCGAACUUUCCCAUGGGACCCCCUCUGUUGCGACUAGACAAUGGAUCUCGGAUUUGCAUUUUAGGUUAAAUUUUCAGACGCCGAUUCGACUGCAACCAGAAAAACACCAACGUCAUCACACGUCAUCGAGGACUAGCGACAUCGUAAGAGCUUUUCUUUGGCCAGCUUUGAUGUCGGAAUCGAAUUACGUUUAUAAAGCGAUUGUUGUUACAGAAGGCACUUGAUUUAUUGACUGAAGGGAGUUUUUUUAUGGUUUUUAGGGUGGUUUAUUAAUUCCGUAAGACAAGAAAAUAUUUUUUAAUAUUACUAAAUAUUUUGUAGGUAUUUUUCUUUUGUAUAUAGAUAUUAUUUUAGACACACCUACAAUUUACCGUUGAGGAGGAGAAAGAACAAAGUGUGCCCUUUUUAGACACUAAGGUGAUAAGAACCACAGAGAACAAGAUAAUUUUGGAUUGGUAUCAGAAACCAACUGACUCUGGAAGAUAUAUAAAUUAUUUCUCUCAGCACUCGAAAAGCCAAAAACACAACACUGUUGUGGCAAUGAAAAACAGAAUUUUACACAUCAGCAAUGACCUGUUCACACAAAAGAAUUUAAAAACACUCUACAACAUAUUCUUGAACAACGGCUAUCCAAGUAAAAUUCUUAAGCAACUGAUAUAUAACUCAGACUUAUACGACGGGCAACGUGACAACAGACCAUCAGAUCCCGUGAUUUACAAAAAGUUGCCCUUCAUAAAUGGCUUAACCAACAAUAUAAUCAAGCUGCUGAACGGAAUUCCUAAAAUCAAAAUAGCGAAAUACAAUAGCAUAUCCAACUACAGCUUAUUCUCGAAGCUUAAAGACCAGACACCGCUUCUAAAUCAGAGUCAUAUCAUCUAUCAACUUGUCUCGAAUGUGAUGGGCAGUAUAUAGGACAAACAUCGCAAUGGCUGAAACAAAGAAUAACACAGCACAAAAGUGAUUGUAAAACACACAAAAAUACUUGUGCAGCAGCACACCAUUCCAUAACAGACACCAAUUUAAUUUGUCAGAUAUCAAGAUCUUAGAUUCAGAAAGCAAUUAUAAGAAAAGAUUGUUCCUCGAGAUGUACCACAUAAACAGUAAUAAACGUUCAAUUAAUUACAAAUCAGACACAAGUAGAUUAAGCGAAAUUUACUGCAAUGUUUUAAAAUUCGAAAAAUAGCAGAAUAUUAAACAGAUGGCUCGAUAUUGGAACUUUUGACCCUUAACACAUGUGAGAAAAGAUACCUGACUCAGUGCCGCCCUCGACGUUCUCGUGAAACGACAUGCAUAGCUUUAAGUUAAAUUGCUUUAUAUAACAUACCUACAACAAUUCGUAAGUUAUAUCAUUGUAAUAUUAUGUUUGUACCUAACUGUUAGUUAAUUUUGUAGUUUGUUCCUGAUGAAGAUGAAAAAUUAAUAAAUACUCAUCGAAAUAUCGAAUUUCAACAGAAUUAAAUGUAGUUUCAAUCUAAGCCACAGACCGCAAUUCCCGAUAAUUUCAACACUGUUUUAUAGUGUUAUAGGAUAUUAUUUUAUAUAUAUUAUAUAUUAUCUAAUAAAAAUUUGUUUCUCAGCUCUCUGCCUGCUAUGUAUCUAGGAUACUGAGUUAAGUACGAUACG